CCAGCUGUCAGACCCAAGGUUGGAAAAACCUGCCUUACGGGCUGCCAAUCCCGUAAGGUACUGCUGCGGCCCGGGGGGCGAUGUGGCAGCUCAAAAGGCAUAGGAGUGGGGAGGUGUGGGAGGAAAGGAGAGGAGUGGGGAUUAGACAGGAAGGCUCGGGCCGAGCAAGUGGCAGCGGCAGGUGGAUGGAGCAGACCAGCAGGCGUGCGUCAGCAGGCUGCACGCUGCAGAGUUCGGCUGGAGGAGGACGAGGAGGCAUGACUUGGCGGGAAGAGGACAAGCUCGCACGCAGUGACGAGACUGACGAGUCGAAGCUGCAGAAAGACGGUUGCAGCUUGACAGCUUCAAGUUCUAAUUAUAAAAAACUCCUGGUGGCGUGCCUGCUGACCGUAUUGACUUGCUCUCAAGGCUUGCUGAUGCAAGCGUCUGAGGUCGACGGCGGAUAUCCGUACGAUGUGGCUGUCAUCCCUUUCCUUGCGGAACUGGUCAAGCUCCUGCUCUCCUUCUCUUUCCUCUACAAGCAGUUGAGAGGGAGCCCUCCAGGGUCCGUUCAAAUGACGACCACCUGGAAGAGCAUGUCCCUCUACCCCAUUCCAUCGGUCCUUUACCUUAUCCACAACAAUAUCCAGUUCUACACCCUGCAGUACGUAGACGCCGCCAUGUAUCAGAUCCUAGGCAAUCUAAAAAUAGUAACAACUGGUUUCUUGUUCCGAGUCUUCUUACGAAGACACUUGUCCCGAACGCAGUGGCUGGCGCUAUUGUUGUUGACGUGUGGAGCCACCACCAGUCAGAUUCAAGGAUGUACGGCGGGAUGUACUGCAGCUGCGCUGAGCGGGCCUCUUCCGGGGUACAUGCUGGGGGUGCUCUCGGCUUGGCUGUCAGCCAUGGCUGGGGUGUACACCGAGUUCCUUAUGAAGAAGGACAACGACGCGUUGUACUGGCAGAAUGUGCAGCUGUACGCAUUCGGAGUGUUCUUCAACGGGCUUCGGCUGACAGUGGACGAUCUGCUGCAAGGAUUCUCGCAAGGGUUUUGGUGGAGAAGACUGACCAACGGUUUCACGUUCAUCACGUGGGUCAUCGUGCUGAAUUUCUCGUUUGCGGGUCUCUUCGUCUCGUGGAUCAUGAAGUACGCAGACACGAUCGUCAAAGUGUACGCGACAUCGGGGGCCAUGCUUCUCACAGCAGUUCUGUCCAUCUGGGGAAGUAAAGGCGGUGAAGAUGGGAAGGAUGAAGUCAGGGGUGGUGAAGUGGCUGAAGCGGACACAAAAGGGGCAGUCGCAGGUGAGACCCGAAGAGGGGACUCUGCAGGUGGUAAUGCAGGCAUGGCCACAGAUGCCAUGGAGGAGCACACCAAGACCGAGGGCAGCACAGCAGUUGUGGUGGCCACGGAUGCCACGGAGGAACACACCAAGACCAAGGGCGACAUAGCAUCCAUGGUGGCCACGGAUGCCAUGGAGGAACACACCGAGACCAAGGGCGACACAGCAACUGCGGGUCGAGUUGCUCUCGCGGAAUCAAUCGUAGAAGCAACCAAGGCCGAUGGGGAAGAGGCUGCGAACCGAAAAGGGGUAGCCAGGGUCACAAACGGCAUGGAAGGGGUCAUUACGACUGAUGAGGACGCAGGUGCAGCAGAUGCAGGUAAUGAAGAAGAGGCUGUGAUAGGUGUGACAGGCGUCGGUAAUGAAGAAGGGGCUGUGACAGGCGUAGUCCGAGGACAGUGUGUAGACACCCGAGAAAGCGGGUGAUGAAUAGACCAUCGAAGCAUGCUGCGGAACCACCUGGAGAGGCGGGUCACGUGGGCAGGGUACCUGUGUUGACGUUUACGAAUAUAGGAAGUCAAUCCUUUCGCAAGCGUUGUUGGAGAGUGUCCGCGAAAAAGCAUGCGGCGUGUGAGCAUCGCUGCUGCAGUUUUGAAGUCAUACCAAUUGUUGCAGACAUACUCAAACCUAGUAAGCUGGCCUGUAAACACUUCCGCCGGCUGGUGUGCAGGGAUAUUAGACGUAGCACUAGGAUAG